CCCGGGCCCCACCCCUCAAGCUAGGCUGAGCUGUGCCUACGUCGGCCUCGACUCCCGGGGGCUGGAGGAGUUACCUUUGGAGCCCGAAAGGAGGAAGGAAGCAAAAUAUCAACAACGCCGAGGCGGCUCGGGCGCUCGGUCCCGGUCCCCACUGCCCGCCGCGCGCCUGUCCGCCCCCGCGCCCACGGCGGGGGCCCAGGCCCCCCGGCGCCGCCCAGGGCCCGCGCGGACGCCGGCCUCAUUUGUUAUUCCCCCCGCCCGGAGCUGCGGCUGCCCGGUGUUGAAGAUCCCCCGGACCCGAGGCGAGGGCCACCCCUCCCAGCCGUGACACCCCCUUCGCCCAGCGGGGCCGGAGGCUGUGCAGAGGUGUCCUGCAGACCAUGAACUGAGCCCUGGCCCCAGGCCGUUCAUGAACACAGUGUAAGGUGUGCCGAGACCCGCCACCCAGCGACCCCCUCCCCUCCCUAGCACUGAGGACCCCCGGAGAAGAUGGGGAGGAAGAAGAUUCAGAUCCAGCGAAUCACUGACGAGCGGAACCGACAGGUGACGUUCACCAAGCGCAAGUUCGGGCUGAUGAAGAAGGCGUACGAGCUGAGCGUGCUCUGUGACUGCGAGAUCGCCCUCAUCAUCUUCAACCACUCCAACAAGCUGUUCCAGUACGCCAGCACCGACAUGGACAAGGUGCUGCUCAAGUACACCGAGUACAACGAGCCGCACGAGAGCCGCACCAACGCCGACAUCAUCGAGACCCUGAGGAAGAAGGGCUUCAACGGCUGUGACAGCCCGGAGCCCGACGGGGAGGACUCGCUGGAGCAGAGCCCCCUGCUGGAGGACAAGUACCGGCGCGCCAGCGAGGAGCUGGACGGGCUCUUCCGGCGCUACGGGUCAGCUGUGCCGGCCCCCAACUUUGCGAUGCCCGUCACGGUGCCGGUGUCCAACCAGAGCUCGCUGCAGUUCAGCAACCCCAGUGGCUCCCUGGUCACCCCAUCCCUGGUGACGUCAUCCCUCACGGACCCCCGGCUCCUGUCCCCCCCGCAGCCAGCGCUGCAGAGAAACAGCGUGUCUCCGGGCCUGCCCCAGCGGCCGGCCAGCGCAGGGGCCAUGCUGGGGGGAGACCUCACCAGCGCUAACGGAGCCUGCCCCAGCCCUGUCGGGAAUGGCUACGUCAGUGCCAGGGCUUCCCCCGGCCUCCUCCCCGUAGCCAAUGGCAACAGUCUGAACAAGGGCAUCCCUGCCAAGUCUCCGCCCCCACCCACCCACAGCGCCCAGCUUGGAGCCCCCAGCCGCAAGCCCGACCUGAGGGUCAUCACUUCCCAGGGAGGAAAGGGCUUGAUGCAUCACCUGACUGAGGAUCAUUUAGAUCUGAACAACGCCCAGCGCCUGGGGGCCUCCCAGUCGAGCCACGCGCUCACCACCCCCGUGGUCUCCGUGGCAACACCGAGCUUGCUGAGCCAGGGCCUCCCCUUCUCCUCCAUGCCCACUGCCUACAACACAGAUUACCAGCUGACCAGCGCAGAGCUCUCCUCCCUCCCAGCCUUCAGCUCGCCAGGGGGACUGUCGCUAGGCAGUGUCACCGCCUGGCCGCAGCCGCAGCAGCCCCAGCCACCCCAGCCGCAGCCGCCACAGCCGCCGCAGCCGCCCCAGCCGCCCCAGCCGCCGCAGCAGCCCCAGCCGCCGCAGCAGCCGCCCCAGGCACAGCCCCACCUGGUCCCUGUGUCUCUCAGCAGCCUGAUCCCGGGCAGUCCCCUGCCCCACGUGGGGGCCGCCCUCACAGUCACCACCCACCCGCACAUCAGCAUCAAGUCGGAGCCGGUGUCCCCCAGCCGUGAGCGCAGCCCCGCGCCGCCCCCUCCAGCUGUGUUCCCGGCCACCCGCCCUGAGCCCGGCGACGGCCUCAGCAGCCCCGCCAGCGGCUCCUACGAGACCGGGGACCGGGACGACGGCCGGGGGGACUUCGGGCCCACGCUGGGCCUGCUGCGCCCGGCUCCGGAGCCCGAGGCCGACGGCUCCUCCGUGAAGAGGAUGCGGCUCGACACCUGGACAUUAAAGUGACGAUUCCCACCCCCCUCCUCUCAGCCUCCCUGAUGAAGAGUUGACAAUCUCACCGCCCCCCCCCCCCCCCGCCCUGGGCUCCUCCCGCUCGACCCCCACUUCCUUUUGUGCUCCGUGUCCUGUUGACGGUUACAUUUGUGUAUAAUUAUUAUAUUAUUAUUAUUAUUAUUAUAUUUUUUUUAAUUUGGAUUCUCGCUUUGGAGAGGGGGUGCUCCCAUCCCCUCUUUCUGCACCCCCCACCGUUUUGCUGGUGGGGGGGUGCUGGUUUUUGCGGGAAGGGGGGGACACUUUGCACGUUGCUCACAUAUGCUGCAGGAGGGGGUGGGGAGCCCGAUAGGCCUUUGGGACAGGACAGGUGCCGAGCCCUCCCGCCCCAUCCCCCAGAGAGAGGGAGAUAACCAAAAAACUACCAAACAACAACCCCCCUUACAAUAGACUGAACCCCAAAGUCGGCCCGGCUGGGUAGGUUUGUGUUUCAGGGGGAAGGUGAGGCAGAGCUUCUGAAAAGGGUCCCUGCUUCUGGGCUGUUCCACAGGCACGUGGGGCAGAGUAUCUGAGCCCAGACCCCCCCAUCCCCCCAUGACACACUCACUGAUUCUCGUGCGAGCUGCACCCGCAGGCGUGGGGGCGCUGGCCGAGCCUGUGGGCUGGCAAGGCCGCCUGGGGAUCUGAGGCUGGGGGCAGAGUUUGAGGCAGGGGCCCCUCGGAAGCACAUUUGGAGAGAAAGAGCCAUGAGGAGGGGCAGAGAGCUGGGGCGAGGGGUGAAUCGGGGUCCCCUUCCUCCCCUAGCAGUUUCUCGAAGAUGCACAGUGCAAUAGCCCCCGUCCCGCGGCCGACACGAGCCACGGGAAGCUGGCCACAGAGCGCGGGGUGGGGGUGGGGGGGCUCCGGGCCGGUAGCAGGUGUGAGUGGGGGCUCACUCUUCCUUGCACGGACACGUCCCCACAUCCCCGAAGGAGGGACACUUGGGGGGGGCGCGAGGGCAGGGGGCGGGGCGGGAGAUGGAGGAGGAGGCCCGUCUCCCUCCUUCCCGCCUGGGCCCUCCUUCCCCAGCCCCCCUCCCCGGCUCUCCCCCCCCCCACCUCCCUGCUCUGGGCGUUUCUCCUGGUCUGCUACCUCCUGUCCCCCACCCCCAGGCCGCAUCCCGCCUUCCCUCUUGGCUACUGUAAUUGUAAAUAGCAACCUUUGGAAACCGUUAGCAGUGUAACAGUCCAGGAAACUGGGUUUUUUUGUUGUUGUUGUAUUGAUAUGAAAUGAGAUUCUAUUUUUGUCAAAGUAUAUUGUAAUAAUAAUGACUCAAACGGCCCGUACUGUACAGACCGAGAUUCUUCUGCUCUUGUUCUUGCUCCCCUCCCCUCCCCCAGCCCACCCCUCCCAGCCGCCACCCACCCCUGUGGGGGCAGCCUCAGCGUGGGGUCCCUGAGACCUCAGGCUGGAUCACAGAUCAAAGCAGAGGGGGGCAGGCCCCCAGCCUGCGAUCCACCUACCCCCCCCCCCAGCCUGGCCUAAGGUGGUGUGUGUAUGCCGACGGGAGGGGGCGCCCCCUCCCUCACAGAAGCCUGGCUCCCCUGCCCUGGGGGCUCAGCGCUUCCCGGGGGUUUCAUCCCAGCCCAGUGGGAAAGUAGACUAGACAGGGCCCCGUUUUGUGGCAGGUGACUCCACCUGCCUCUGUGACCCAGCCGCUUGCAGUAUUCUGAUGCCUGACGCAGGGAAGGAACCAGAAUCCAAGGGGGGGUGUGACCACACGUGCACUGAGCGUGUGCACGAGGGCAUGUGGUGUGUGUGUGCAUGGCCAUAGCUCUGUGUGUCUCUGAGCCCGUCUGGGCACGUACACGAACCUUUGUGUGGAUUGAGCUCUGAGGGCGUCCCUGGGUGUGGGGUGGGAGGGGGGGAGACAAAUGGCUGUGUGCCCCACAGCCCUGGCCUCCAGCUCCACGCCCCUCACCUCCACCCUGACCCCCACUCCUGGCCCUGCUCUGCCUUCAGCUCUGACAGGCUGGGACCGCCGCUGGGGGCAUCCGGCCGUCACCCCACUUGCGUGGCCCUGCGGCUCUGCCUCUCCUGGGCUCCGUGCGCAGGCGGCCCCCGGCCCUGUGCGCACACGCAGCUCCUUUCCUGCUGUGCCCUCUUCCCCCACCCCGGUCCCACCUUCAGGGUGACACUCAUGUUCCUCGUCCUUCUCGAAGCGUUGUUCUUGUCUGGGCAGUGAUCCUUCCUUACUCAGAAUUAAUCCCCCCCCCCCCCCCCCCCCCCCCCCCGCUGGCUGGGCACGCCGCGUGUCCAGUCUUCCUGUAGAUUCCUAGAGGGACUUUCAAGAGUCGCUGAGACUUGAUCAGGGCCUGGGAAGUUCAGGGUGUAGCCUUGUGCGUGCGUGCAUUCCCAGAGCCCUGCCCGGUGUCUGGCAGAAAGUUGGCACUCAGUAAAUGCUGAACAGGUGAAUGAUAGGUGCUCGGUGAACCUCGAGUGCCUGGCCUUCCCUCCUCAGGCUGUCCCCGCCGUCAGUCUGCCCACCUGUGGACGCUGGGCUUGGCCACCACCGGGCACGGGGCGGGGACGGGGGCCCCUGCAGUUCACGGUGCAAUAUUCACCAGUUUUGCCCUCUGCCUUGUACCGGCAAACCUGGCUUCUGAUUACCGCGUGUGGAUGUCUGUUCGUCUUUCUUCUCUACCCCUGGGGGCAGGGGCUGGUCUGUGAAUGACUAUGUGACAUUUCUGUGAUGCAGUACCCCGGGCUUUCUCUUGGGGGUAGGGGCUCCUGGCUGGCCAGAUGAACGGGUCCCUGGGCACCCAGACCUCAAGCGAGGACUUCAUUUCUUCCUCUCACAAGCCAAAUUUGCCUCCACCUACUCCUUCCUCCUAAGAACUGGGCAUUUGCCAAAGUAAUCACUGGAGUUGCCCACUGCCCCUCCAUCCCCGGCCUUCCCAGGCUCGGGGGACAGUGGGCAAGAGGAGCCCCUCACGCCAUUGGAGCGCACCAUUCCCCUCCCGCCCAGCAGUGCGCUCAGCACAGCAAGGCCGCCCCGACCUUGACCCAGCCCCCCUGACCUUGGACAGGAAGGAAGUAAAGCACCUUCUCUUGACGAUUAUUUAUUUGUUUGGAGAGACAGAAAUGAUGUAAAAGUGUAUCUAGAAAUAUCUAUAUCUAUAUAUUUUUAACUGACUUCUUUGGAAUCUCCUGGGGAGGGGUGGGGGUGAAUUUAGGCUUUCAUGGAAGAGAGGAGAUCUGCAGCCUGGGAACUCCUAUUCUCCCCUCUGCACCCCGCCCCCCUCCCCCCCCAUGGUGGAAGGCGUGGGAUUUGUGUGGGGGCAGGGGGCUGGAAUGUUCUAUGGAGAAUCUGGAUUCUCUUUGUCUUCCCCAUUCAGGUCCCAGAGGGAAGGGGGGAGAGGGAGGGGAGGCAUGGAGGUGCCCCCCCCUCCGGAACCCGACAAUCACCCACACUCCUGGGGCCGCUCCUGGUCCUGGGCAGGGCGAGUCCAAGUGUGUGGCUGUUGAUUUGUUUUCACUAUUUCUUUUCGUGCUGUAUGGUGAUGCUUUCUUAGUAUUCUACACAAUGAGAAGACAAAGUCCUCGGGAUUCUUAGGAGUUUUGUUUGAAAACUCUUUCACUAUAUUUGUUGUAAAGAGGUUUACUAUUAAAAGAAAAAGAAUACACAUUUCUGAUA